AUUGGUUGUUAGACAAAAAGAACAUCAUUCGCAUAAAGAGUCACUGCUUGCUCCGAAUCUUUUCAAAUGGGAAACCCCAAACCCCUACCUUCCCAUUUAUUUCAACAACCGACUCGCAGCUUGAAACGUUCUGCUCGAACACCCGACGCUUAAAGUCAUUAUACUGAUUACCAUAAAUCUAAGCUAACGGCGAAAAUCAAGAUGUCUGUUGAAACUCAAUUAAAUGAUCUCGCAGAUACCGUGAUGGAGGUACCGAAAAGAAUGCGGAUGUUUUCCCUCUCUAUGAGAUCUCUCUAUGCGGAGACAGCGCUGAGCGGAUCGUCAGAUACCGCCAGGGAGAUCAUCAAGAUACGAGACGACACCAGGAAAGAUGCUUUGGUCUAUGUCAAAGGAGUUCUGCCAGCAUCUACCAUGCUGGUAAGAAACCUCAAAGAGUUCUUUGAGAACUACGAAGGACUUUGUUUUGAGGAUUGGCAAGAAAUUCUCCCUGGCAUCUUGGAGGAUGUAAAAGGCUACCAGCAAUGCUGUGUGGAAGUUGUCGAACUGCACAAGAAGAUAAUGACCCCAUUGAAGAAGAGACAGGAUGAAGCAACGGUACUCAUUGACGAACUGACGAACUUGACGAAUGAAUUAAAGAGAAAAAAAAAGAGAACUAGAAGAGUCUGCUGAUAUCAAAAGUACCUGGGCGGCUGCGCUUUUCUUUGUUCCAGUUGUAAAUUUAAUUGCAACACCAUUACUAUGCAAGAGUGCUGAUGAUGAUUUGGUGAAAUCGGUAGCGAAAAAUGCACAAUGCGUUAUCAAUAAUGCAGCAGUUGUUGUGAUAAGUGAGACCAUGAUUCCAGCUCUAGCGGCAUUCAUUGAUGGUUUGGAGGGUAUCGCUGGUUUUUUCAAAGUGGUUGAAGAAGAGCUUACUACAUUUCAUAACAAAGGGGAAAUGGCUAUGGAGGAUGCCAAAAAGCAGCACUACUUAUUGAUGAAAAGUAAAGCAAAGGAGAUCAAGCAAGGUUGUAGGGAGUUCUUCGCCAUGAUACCUGGAAUAACAACCGACUUUGAAUGCAUUCCACAGUCUGGAAAUGACGAGAAUUAUGUCGACAGAUGGUUGAAAAAACAACAGGAGGAGAUCAAAGAGAAGUACACGAAAUGUCUUACUGGGAAGUUAAGGAGAAUGUUGACCUAUUUUUCAACCGCUGAAGGGGAAAAGCUAAUGAUUAAAGGGAAAUAUUAGAAGAACUUCACACAGAACUCGUGAUUAUGGUGUUUGUUUCUGCUUAAUAAUAACAUUACCUUCAUUUUUGUUAGAGUAAUUAAUGAUUGUGUAUAACCUUUAUUAGGCAUCUAAAUAAUCAUUAUUCUUUCCUCUCAGCCAGUACAUGUAACGUUUUCACUCCUAGAGACUUUCGUCUGUAUGUAAAAUUAGGGAAUAUACUUUAAGUCAUUAUCUCCGUUCGACGAUUUUUGCUAAGCUUACAACAGUUUCAUUUGGUCUUUCUCUGAUCAGGUGAUGCGUGGAAAUACGAUGAAUUGAAAAUAUAAUUUUAAGUUGAUCGGCGGCGUGUUGAUUGUAAAACUAAUUAUGACACAUGUGCAACUUGUGUUAAGUAUUUUGUAGGUAACUGGUACAUUUAUUUUUUGGCUGAAUCUAUGUAAAUUACAAGUAGAUUGUGUUUUUCAGGUAUCUAAUUGUAAAACUUAGUUUUUUCGUCAAAUAUUUUGAAGCCUGUAAAACUGUUUUACUUUAUACAUGUAAUGCCUCCCUAGGCCCUAUCGCACAUGGGAACCUCUAACUCUUCCAUGCUCCGCAAACCUCAGGCCAGUUGCGUGGCGGUCGGUGCGAUUGCACCGAUGACUGUGCCCCGGUGACAAGUGCCUAUUAAGAAAAAUAACCACCCAUCCGCUGAAGCCGAUCUUAAAGGGUUAGUAUUGAUAUUAAACUUGCAGUCAGUAAACCAGACGGAUCCCAUUUACUCUUUACGGCCCAUCUAGAUAUCCAGACGCCCCACCCACCCCCCACCCAAUUUAAAAGGCAGUCAAUCCAGUAAUGUACGUCAAAUGGCCACAUACACUGUUUAAAGCCCAUAGGAAUCAUCAAAUGGGCCCUUGAAUUGUUCUUAAUUCCUAGCUGCCCCCAUCGCAUGACGAACCAUAAUGUAAAGAACAAGUACGGUACGGUAAUCAAUAUCAACUUCAGAUAUACAGUAUCUGAAUUUUAUCUAUUCGUAAACUUAAAGGAAGGUAUAUGAAGCUUGACAUAUGGUGUAUCAUACAGUCAUCUGUAUUUAGAACGGAUGAAUCUUACACCUAAUAUUACACAAAUUCGCAAACUGUCACGGGAUAUCAUUUCUUUGUAAACGGAAAUCACGUUCUGUAUUAUGUUGCUUGUAUUUACCUGCACAUGCAUGUAUUAACAUUUCUUUAUUUACUUUUCAAUUUUGCUAGCUCAUCUUUUUAUUUAAUUGUUUCAACGUAUUUUAUGUAUACCAUU